AUGAAUGCAGCCGCUCCUUCCACUCAACGUCGUAGAGGCCUGUACUGUGCGGCUACUUCAAAGGCACUGUACCACUCGCCCAUACUCUCUCAUCCGCAAUCAGUAGGGAAUACAUAUGAGCACACAAGACAAAGCAACGUACAUGGAGUUUUAGCACCGCCAGCGGGCGCCUACUUUGACCCACGUGUGCAAUCGUACAGCUUCCAUGCACACGCUCUCCCUGCCCCCGCGGUCGCCGGAUCUGCGGCGCACACAGAGGCAUCCUCGCAGAACGAUACACUCGACUCAGCCCUGAUCAACUUCGCCGGCGCCAUAUGUCUCUGCAUCGUAGCGGCGGGUUAUGCAUCCCCCGAUAACCUAAAGGCAUUCCAUUUGGUCGUCGCGUCAGUGACGUGCGGGACCGUCGGAAGCAUGUUUACGCUAGCAACACUGGCCCUUCACCGAGGUCAAGGCAGACAGUGCUUCUUGUUGCUGAGCCUUCUGAGCGCGGCGGCUGGCACCGUGAUUAUGGUCGCGGCAACACAGACGUGGGAGAUCGCAAUGCUCGCGAGCGUUUGCAUCGCGGUAACUGCGGGGGUGGUAUGGCGACUGAGAACACAUGCAAGAUGA